UCCUCGCCUACUACUUCACGGAGCUGAAGGAGGAUCAGGUCAAAAAGAUUGAUAAAUACCUUUACGCCAUGCGGCUCUCUGACGAAACGCUGAUAGACAUUAUGGCUCGCUUCAGGAGGGAGAUGAAGAACGGCCUCUCCAGAGAUUUUAACCCGACGGCUGCAGUGAAGAUGCUUCCUACAUUUGUGAGGUCCAUUCCUGAUGGUUCAGAGAAAGGAGAUUUCAUUGCACUGGAUCUUGGUGGUUCUUACUUCCGAAUUCUGCGGGUGAAGGUAUCGCAUGAAAAGAAGCAGACUGUACAAAUGGAAAGCGAAAUUUAUAACACGCCUGAGGAUAUCAUGCACGGCAGCGGAACACGGCUUUUUGAUCACGUUGCAGAAUGCCUGGGAGACUUUAUGGAGAAACAACAAAUCAAAGACAAGAAAUUACCAGUUGGGUUUACAUUUUCUUUCCCAUGUCGACAGUCCAAGCUAGAUGAGGGCAUUCUGAUAACCUGGACGAAGCGCUUCAAAGCCAGUGGAGUGGAGGGAGCAGAUGUUGUGAGGCUGCUUAACAGAGCCAUCAAGAAACGAGGGGACUACGAUGCAGAUAUCAUGGCUGUGGUGAAUGACACUGUCGGGACUAUGAUGACCUGUGGUUUUGAUGACCAGCGUUGCGAAGUUGGCUUGAUCAUUGGCACUGGCACCAAUGCCUGUUACAUGGAGGAGAUGCGGCACAUCGACCUGGUGGAAGGGGACGAGGGCAGGAUGUGCAUUAACACGGAGUGGGGGGCCUUUGGAGACGAUGGCUCGCUAGAAGACAUCAGGACUGAGUUCGAUCGAGAGAUUGACCGUGGAUCCCUUAAUCCUGGGAAGCAGCUGUUUGAGAAGAUGGUCAGUGGUCUGUACAUGGGGGAGCUGGUGAGGCUCAUCCUGGUGAAGAUGGCCAAGGAGGGGCUGCUCUUUGAGGGGAGAAUUACCCCUGAGCUUCUCACCAAAGGGAAGUUUGAGACAAAGCAUGUUUCUGCCAUAGAAAAGAGCAAAGAAGGUUUGAAUAAAGCCAAAGAGAUUUUAACUCGCCUGGGGGUGGAGCCGUCCCACGAGGACUGCAUCGCCGUCCAGCACGUCUGCACCAUCGUGUCCUUCCGCUCGGCCAACCUGGUGGCCUCCACAUUGGGUGCCAUCCUCAACCAGCUGCGGGAUAACAAAGGGGUCGGCCGGCUCCGGACCACCGUGGGAGUUGACGGCUCCCUCUACAAGAUGCAUCCGCAGUAUGCCCGGCGUUUGCACAAAACCACCCGUCGCUUGGUGCCCGACUCAGAAGUGCGGUUCCUGCUGUCGGAGAGCGGCAGCGGGAAGGGAGCGGCGAUGGUGACGGCAGUGGCAUACCGGCUGUCGGAACAGCACCGGCUCAUCGACGAGACGCUGGCUGAGUUCAAGCUCACCCACGAGCAGCUGCUGCAGGUGAAGAAGAGGAUGAGGGCAGAGAUGGAAGCGGGGCUGAAGAAGAAGACACACGAGACUGCCAAAGUGAAAAUGCUGCCAACCUUUGUCCGCAGCACGCCAGAUGGGACAGAGAAUGGAGACUUUCUGGCACUUGACCUUGGAGGGACAAACUUCAGAGUUUUGCUGGUGAAAAUCCGCAGCGGUAAAAGGAGAACAGUUGAGAUGCACAACAAGAUCUAUGCCAUUCCGAUAGAGGUGAUGCAGGGAACAGGAGAAGAGCUGUUUGAUCACAUUGUUACCUGCAUUUCGGACUUCCUGGAUUAUAUGGGGAUAAAAGGUGCACGUCUUCCUCUUGGCUUCACGUUUUCCUUCCCUUGCAAGCAGACCAGUCUGGAUGCUGGUAUCCUUCUCAAUUGGACAAAAGGCUUCAAAGCUACAGACUGUGAGGGAGAAGAUGUGGUGUAUUUGCUUAGAGAAGGAAUUAAAAGAAGAGAGGAGUUUGACUUGGAUGUGGUGGCCGUGGUGAACGACACAGUGGGCACGAUGAUGACUUGUGCUUACGAAGACCCAAACUGUGAAAUCGGACUCAUUGUGGGAACUGGCAGCAAUGCCUGUUACAUGGAAGAGAUGAGAAACAUAGAGAUGGUGGAUGGUGAGCAAGGACGGAUGUGUGUGAACACGGAGUGGGGAGCAUUCGGGGAUAACGGAUGCCUGGACGACAUCAGGACGAUAUAUGACAAAGCGGUUGAUGACUAUUCGCUAAAUGCUGGAAAGCAAAGGUACGAGAAAAUGAUCAGUGGGAUGUACCUCGGGGAAAUAGUCCGCAAUAUUUUGAUCGACUUCACCAAACGGGGGUUCCUGUUCAGGGGCCAGAUUUCAGAGACGCUGAAGACCAGACAUAUCUUUGAAACUAAGUUCCUCUCUCAGAUUGAGAGCGACAGGUUAGCCUUGCUGCAAGUGCGAGCCAUCCUCCAGCAGCUGGGGCUGAACAGCACCUGUGACGACAGCAUCAUCGUCAAGACGGUGUGCGGAGCGGUGUCGAGGCGAGCGGCUCAGCUGUGCGGCGCUGGAAUGGCCGCGGUUGUAGAUAAAAUUAGGGAGAACAGAGGGUUAGAGCACCUGGAGAUAACGGUUGGUGUGGAUGGGACUCUGUACAAACUACAUCCGCACUUUUCGAGGGUCAUGCACCAAACAGUCAAAGACCUGGCGCCCAACUGCGACGUGACCUUCCUGCUGUCGGAGGACGGCAGUGGGAAAGGGGCAGCGCUCAUCACAGCGGUGGGAUGCAGGCUUCGCGACGCUGAGCAGAACUGAACUCCACAAUCCUGGCCCCGAUUCUGUCUUGUGAGCACUUUCUCAUAAAGCAGCGACUGCGUAGUCAGAACUGGUAAAAACCCAGAACUCACUGCUUUAUCGGGGAAAAAAAAAAAUACAACUAAUGACAUAAAAAAUAGGAUACAAGAUAGAAUGUGUGCUGUUAAUAAUAUCUCCUGUUUCUGGACCCCAAUCUGCAUGUUUCUUAUUCACCUUGUUGGUACCUUCCCCAUCUGUAGGUCAUGGAAAAAUCAGUCUAUAAUUUCUGCAGCUGUCAGGAAUCGAUUGUUGUCCGAGACGAAGUUGCCCCCAAGUGAUGUGCGUUGAGAGCUACCAUUGCAUCGUACCAAAUGUAUUCUUUGCAGCAUCCCUGUUAAGCACACCGCCAGCACGCUGACCACCAGAUCUGGGUGUUGAUGCUUUUAGCAAAGGGGAAGCAACAGUUCCCUCCCACGUAUCUACCUGCUGUUGUUUCGUCUAAAGCGAUUGUGAAAAAAUUGCGGUGUGUCAGCACUGUGCACGCACGUAACUCUAUAGUGGGACUUGACAACACGACUUACUUGCUUCCUUGAUGCCUGUUUUGUCACGGUAAAAGUAAACGCCUUCGUCCCACAGAUCUGGUUCCACUGGUAUUUCCCAUUUGCUUCUGUGAAUAGUGUCGUGUUACUGGGCGAAAUCUGUCAUGUUUCGGCAAGAAACCCCUAAAGAGUAAAACAAAAGCGGUUGGUGAUUGGGGUAAUCCAAAUCUCCAGACCCGGGAAAUUGACCAAUUUAUGGUCCUUAGGCGGGCAGUGUUGUAUUCUUCUGUUCAGGAAUUCUUAUAAACAAAUAUUUUCUAUCUCUUCUUGUUAGUCUAGGUCGGGGCGCUGCAGCUGCCCUUCUGCCGAAUCUGCAGCUGGACGGCGUCACUCGGAUGCGUGUGCUUCCGUCUCUCGCCUUAAAUGGGUAUUCGCUUCCACACAGAGCUUUAAUCUUUAAUACUGUUAAGCAGCCACUCAAAACACAAACACUCAGCCAGAGCUAGUGAUCAGAAGGGAAUAGAAGGGCUUGAUGUUGAUGUCGCCUUUGAGGACCCGGGCAUGUAAACUAAACGAUCCUCAAAACCAAAAUCAGACCCGGCUUAUUCCAAGGACUAAGCAGCAAAGAUCAUACAUACACUUGGUGUAUCCUGUCCUCUGUUGAGUCGAUGCCAUUAUUACAUUUGCGUACCAGCUGUGUUACUUAAAUUGAGAAGCAGUUAGGAAGGCAAACAAUGAAGAACAUUCGCAAGUCACGCCACUUUCUGCAGAGGGAGACCGCACGAUGAUCCUUAAUUCCCGCUCUUCUACCAAAAAUGAUUUUGAGGUGUCUGCAUGGUUUUCCCUGCUGCCUUUUCCUGCAGAAAGUAGAUGGAAACUUGCAGGCCACUCCUCUUUGUCCUUGUUCCACUCCCCUAAGAUUUGGAUUGCCCUACCUAUCGAUAACAUUUCAGUAUGCAUUAUGGUGCACUGUGAGUGAAUGUUGUAAAGUAACGUGAGUCACAAACAGUCAUUGCAGCUUUAAGUGUGUGUCUACCUGAAAAAUUGCACGCCUAACUGGUUUUGCAAAGGUAGAGAGUCUUUUUACUUUGCACACUAGUAGCUCCGAUACUAGUGUUACGUGAUACUUGUGAAAAUAUUAAACUUGUUUGAUGUGCGUUAA